AUGUCAUCCAAAACGAACCCCAUUACUAGGCAUAUGCCAUCAUUAUUAGCACACUAUUUAUUGUUAUUAUUCUUCUUUAUUUUAACACUUUCGAAUAGUUUAGUCUUGGGCGAAAGUUAUAAUGUUUAUUCUUGGGGAUUAAAUAUGGAUGGUCAGACCGGAAUGGACCUUCCAACAACACCCGGAAGCUUUGCAACUCCAACUUUAAAUCAACACGUUUCUUCCUUGCUAGCGAAUCCAAAUUCUCUAUACGAAAGUGUUUACAACAUUGCGACGAAACCUUCAGACAUUACAAUCUCGUUAAAAACCAUCAUUCCAGGAUAUAAAUACAAUCUCUAUUGGUUCACAUUCACGAAUACCACCUCAUCCGAAACUACUGACCAAUUAUUUUCAUGUGGAGAUAAUACAGACUAUUGUUCUGGACUAAAGUCUCCCAAGUUUACAACAGAAUUACAAGUAGUUUAUGAAUAUUCAGCAACUUCUAAUAACAGAUAUUUGGAUGGAUCACUUUCUGGUAAGAAACUUGAAAGUGUUGAUUGUAUGGUUUCGUGUAUUGCUUGUACGAAAGAUGGUUUAGUCUUUGUUAGAGCUAGUUCACAAAAAUGGGCAUGGUAUGCAGUUACUAUUGAUUCUGGAUUGGUAGAUGCCCAAGGAAUCACAGUUUCGAAUAAGUGCAAAAAGGUUUCGGUUGGUGGAACUUCCACCUCUGCUACCUAUUUUGUAAUGACAGAUUCUGGACAUUUAUUCUCAUGGGGAGAGUUUAACAGUGCAAUGAGAGGAUAUGAUGAUGCAGAAUAUUCAGGAACUGCUCCUCAUUUAAUUUCUACUGUUUUUGGAGCUUUCGAAUUUGCAGUUCUUAAGGAUUAUGAUAUUCCAGUAAAUGAUGGGUUGGGAGUUUUGGGAUAUUUGAACGAUACUGGAUUAUACUUGAUUGGAAAAAAUACGUAUGGCCUCUUUGGAAUUACAGUCGAUGAUUUGUUUUAUUUAACUCCUUAUUUGGCAAUUGAUAGUCAAGUUAUUGGUUCCAAAUUGAAAAAGAUUGUUUUUGGUUAUGCCAACGCUUUGGUUUUGGCAGAAUCUGGAAAGGUUUAUGCAUUUGGAGGAAAUGAUUAUGGUCAAGUCAAUCCAAGUGGUUACGGCCCUUAUCAGGAAAGUGUAGCUGAAAUUAGUUCAGUUUCUGGAUCUGUUGAUUGUUUCUGCUCUGCUCAUGCAUGUGGUUGUAGGCAAACAGGUGGAAGUUUCAAAACUUGGGGAUCUGAUAAGGAGAGAGGAUGGACAGGAGCUGCUUUGUUCGAUUACAUUAACUUUCCCGAGUCAAGCUCAACAUUUUCCUUAUUAACUAGGGGAGGAUUUGCCAUUUCGAAUACAAAUAAGCUCUAUGCAUGGGGUGAUAAUACGAAUGGAUACAUGUGCUUGGGAGAAAAGUCAAUUCAGAUGACACCUAAAUUACUUUUCAGCGCAAAUUAUCAAUUGAAACAAUUGGUGAGUGGAGAGGCCUGUUCUUAUUCUCUCGGUGAGAGUGGAGGAGUUUCCAUUGUAAACAUGUGGGGAAAUUGCACGAAUGGAUUGGGAUUUGGAAUUGCACCAAGUGGAGGAUACUUGUUCCAUAAUUUAACAACUUUGGAUAAUAGUUUGCAUUUACAAGGGUUGAAAUAUUCUCAAUUGAGUAUGUACAACCUGCAUGCUGGUUUCCUAUCGAGCUCUACACAACAGAAACCUUACAUGAUUGGUUAUGGUGAUAGUAUGAGAUUGGGAACUACUAAUUUGAAUGAUUUGGAUGUGUUAACAAGUGUUGACACUACUGUUUUGGUAAAUGAGGAUAUUGUUCAAGUUUCUGCUGGUUAUGAUCAUACUGUCUAUCUUACAAGAGGUGGUUACUUGAUGGGUUCAGGUGACAAUUCAAAAAGACAAUUGGAUCCUUUGGAUGUAUCUUAUUCUGAAUUGUUGAACAUUAGUACAACAGUAAUUCAGGAAGCAGGAGAACGAAUUGUUAAGGUAGUUGCAGGAAAACAGACAACAUUUGUCCUGACAGAUGCUGGUCAUAUUUGGGGAAAGGGAUCAAAUGAACAACAACAAAUAAGCAAAAAUGGUCCUUCUCCAAUUACUGAAUUUCAACAACUUGAUCCAACAACUAAAAAUUUUACCAAAUUGGCUGUAGGAACCUAUCCAAUCGCGUGUGAAGCUGGCGGGUUUGCAUACAGAUUCUCUGGGGACAAUAAGGGUCCAUGGCAAUAUUUCUAUACCUAUAUGGAGUCUUGCUCUGAUGUGUUUGCCAAAGAUGACAUUUAUUACUUUAUCACAAAUGUUGGAAAGGUUUAUGCAAUUGGAUCAAAUUAUUAUAAUCAAAUCUCUACUGUCUAUGGAUUGGAUGAAGUUACCCUUACUGCAAAUAUGAUCUUCUCACCUGUAAAACUUGGUGGAAUGCCUCGAAUGAUUGCUGUUGGAAAUGGUUUCACAAGCAUUGGUGUUGAAGUUCCUUCAUAUACUUGUAAUGGAAAGAAUUUCUCAGAUCCAACUGUGUGUAACGGAAAAGGUUAUUGCAUUUCCCAAAAUCAGUGCCAAUGUGAAAACUCCUAUUGGACUGGAUCUGAUUGCAGCACUCCAGUUUGUAUUCCUGUGGAAGGAGGAGCAAUUUGUAGUGGAAGAGGAGUGUGUAUUGCACCAGAUACCUGCAAAUGCAAUAGUGGAUAUUUUGGAUCCAGAUGUGAAACAUAUUAUUGUUUUGGAAUAUUGCCAGAUCCUUAUGGAAUGGCAACUACUAAACCUUGUAACAAUAGAGGAAGUUGUAAAGGACCAGAUACAUGUGAAUGUACCAGCAGUGAAUAUUAUGGAGAUGAGUGCCAAUUUAAGAGGUGUUUCAGUGGAAAUGGUGCAUUCUUAAAGAGGAAUUCAUUAGCAGAUCGCUUGUGUAAUAAGAUUAAUUCACAAAUAUUGAAUAUUACCUAUCCUAUUCCCACUGGUGAUAUGUCUGGUACUCCUAAUAUUCCGAAUAGAGGGUAA